GAGAAAGAGGAAGAAGAAGAAAAAGAGGAAGAGGAGGAAGAGGAAGAGGAUGGCGCGCGUCACUUGUUUCCCCGGCGUUCAAAAAUCAAAACAAACCCUCGGCGCGCCAAGGCUGAAGGUCCCCGGGUCACUACAAGGAGUCUGGGUGCAUUAUAAGUUGCCACAGUGCCGCCAACAUGCCCCGAAGAAAGGCUUCGCGAGUGCCGAGUCGAGCUAAACCUGCACUCCCAAAGGAGUCACAAACCGAGGCUGACAUGUGCAGAGAGAUGCGCGAGAAGAAGAUAAAGCUACUGCUCAAUGAUUUUGAUCUUGAGGUGGAGAAGAGGAUACAGAAGAUGACUGAUGAGAUACAGCUCAUCACCGACUCCAUACAGCAAAUGUUCGAGAUGAGUCUCAUGUCUUCACCUGAAGCCACACGCAACAUGCUGUGGAGGGACAGCAUUCAGCAGGAGGAAAACAAAGCGUCCAGUACAGUGAAGGACAGCAUCAUCGACAUCAUCUGUUCUGCUGACAACGUCCUCAAGACCGGGGCUAAGAAGCGAGGGCGGAAGCCUAAACAAAAGCAGCCAGAGAAUGGAGACACUGACUACAUGCCACCCCCAACAGUGCUCAGAACCACACGGAGUAGCCGGCAAAGACCUGUCUUAGGGUCCAGCCAAACUGAGAACAUGCCUCCACCCAGCACCAGACGUCAGCGCAGCAAGAAUGUGGAGCCAGUCGCCACACCCUUGAACUCCCACAUACCACCACAAUUCACGUCAAGCCUGUUCGUCACCCCCAAAUUUGAUCCCCGCACCCCACUCCCCACGGGCACCGUCAAGAGGAAGCCACUGCUGGGGGAGGUGGCCAUCUCCCUGCAAGGCUCCCCGCUGCAGGUCUCUCCACCACACACUCUAAAAGAAAGUGUUGAGGACUGGAUGGCCAGACUGGAUGCAGAUGCUUUGGAUGAUAGUAUGAGGUCAAAACUUGUUGAAUUUCACAAGAAAGUUGAGAAUGUACUCAAGAUGUAGCAGAUAUUUAUAUUGCUACUUUUUAGCAGUCACUUGCAAUGCUCCAAGAUUGUCUCAAGUGGGUCGUGUAUAAAUAUGUAUAUGUAUAUCUUUAUCAACACUAGAUUGUAAUUUCUUGAUUUUCAAUGCUGCCUCUUCUGGUACUCAUGAUAAUGAAGGUGCCUUUAUCUCAUGA